AUGCUGGGAGAGGUGAAAAACGGCCACAUAUCUAUCAGAGACCAUCAUCAAAGCAAAACAUUCACGGUGACCAUGGAGAGACUCAGGAGAGAGGAUGAAGACAUUUACUGGUGUGGGAUUCAGAGAUCUUGGACCGUGGACCUUGGAGUCCAGGUUAAAGUGUCUAUUGGCCCAGAACACAAGGAUGAGAAGAUCAAGGCGCUGAAGUCCAUUUCAUUGAACAGCCGUGGAGCUCAGUCUUUGAAUGCGUUGGAAAAUGUAUGGGACCAUGGAACCAUCGAGAACAUUGCAAAAAGAGCAACCCAAUUACUUCAGGAAGUGGUAUUGAUCAUACAAAAGGAGAUUUUUGAGUCUCCAGGAAAGUAUGAAGAUCCUGAGCGUGGUAUAGGUAAGAAACUUAAAUGGCCCCCAUGA